UGCAUAAAUCAGGGCUUAUAGAUCAACGCUUUCUUUGGACUGUAUCAAAUCCAGUUUGCCGUGGCAAGGGAGCUCUAAAUCACAAGUUUACUUCAAGCUCGUUUUCUUUAUGAAGUUUUCUGUGGUCAACAUUGCCCUUUAAAAUGGGAUUCUGCGGGAUUCGAAGAGUUGGAGAGUGUGUUGUGCUUGCUUUUCUGUUCUAUUCGGUUCAAUCUACGACUACGAAGUAUUACACUUACGAAGAGGAUGCGCCUGGGACAGAAAUUGGAAAUCUCUCUCUGGAUUUAAAGAUAGACCCAGCUGAGGACCCGGAAACAUCUUUCCGCUUCAUGCAGGAGACUAAUUCGUCCGUGAUUCAAAUGAGGGAGAUUGAUGGACUUUUAACUGUUGGGGAAUCGAUUGACCGGGAGCAGCUUUGCCCAAGGUCCCCGCGGUGUUUUGUCACCUUCGACAUUGUUGCUUUCUCUAAAGAAAAGUUUCAGCUGAUUCACGUAGAGAUCGAGGUGAGGGACAUAAACGACAACUCUCCCCAGUUUCUCCACAACGAGACAACCGUUGAGAUAUCCGAGAAUGUUCUGGUAGACUCCCGGUUCCCGUUGGACAUUGCUGUUGACCACGAUGUCGGCAAUAACUACAUCCAAAGUUACCAUAUCUCUCCCUCCAGCCAUUUCAUAGUUGAUGUGCGCAGCAGGGAGGAUGGGGUAAAGUAUGCUGAACUUGUGCUUGUGAAAGCAAUGGACAGAGAGGCUGAAGAUUCCUAUACAAUUGAAGUGACGGCAACAGACGGGGGAGAGCCACCAAGGUCUGGAUCAAUGACUGUUCAUAUCAAAGUGUUGGAUUUUAAUGAUAACAGUCCAACUUUUGAGCACAACUCACUAAAAGUUGAACUUUAUGAAGAUUCACCUCUUGGUUAUCAAGUUCUGAAAGUGCACGCGUUUGACCCAGAUGCUGGCGUGAACGGCGAGGUAGUGUACGGCCUUGUAGAGGACCCAUCGUCUGAAUCGACGCGCGUUUUUAAUAUUGACCGAAUUUCCGGUGCUGUAACACUGAAAACAUUGGUUGAUUAUGAAAAGAAGAGGUCCUAUGAACUGAACAUUAAAGCAUCCGAUUUAGGCACAAACUCCAUCCCGUCGACCUGCAGAGUUGUUGUGGAUGUUGUUGACGUAAAUGAUAACGCACCAGAAAUCAAAAUUAAGCCAAUGACCUCGACCAGCGACGGUGUAGCCUACAUCACUGAGGCGGCGGCAGGGGAAAGUUUUGUGGCACUGAUCAGCACGUCGGACAGCGACUCGGGCUCCAACGGUUAUGUGCGCAGCAGCCUACACGGGCACGAGCAUUUCAAAUUGCAACAGGCCUACGGGGACACAUUCAUGAUAGUAACAACCACCACUUUAGACAGAGAGAAGAUCCCGGAGUAUAACCUGACUGUAGUGGCUGAAGACCUCGGAACGCCGCCUUUCAAAACAAUCAGGCAGUAUACCAUCAGGGUGACGGAUGAGAACGACAACCCUCCGCUCUUCAGCAAGUCAAUUUAUGAAGUGUCCGUAAUGGAAAACAACAUCCCCGGGUCAUAUAUAACCACUGUUGUGGCACGCGACCUUGACGUAGGCAAAAACGCCAAAGUUUCCUACCAGCUCGUGGACUCGGAGGUCGCGGGCGCCGGCUCCAUAUCGACAUUUGUGUCCAUUGACCUGGUGUCGGGGUCACUGUACAGUCUGAGAUCAUUUGAUUUUGAAACAUUGCAGCAGAUUGAAUUCACCAUUCGGGCUGAUGACAAAGGCUUGCCUCAGCUGUCAAGCACAUCUGUGAUCAGACUCAAAGUGGUUGAUCAGAAUGACAACUACCCCUAUUUCACCUCCCCGGUUAUGCUGAACGACUCCGCUGAAGUCCCCCUGCCUGUCAACGCGCCACUGGGGUACCUCGCCCUUCGGGUCAACGGCGAGGACCGGGACCAGGGUUUAAACGGCGAGCUCAGCUACAGGAUCGUACAAGGCCACUCCAAGCUAUUUUCAAUAAACAAAGACACCGGAGAAAUCGCCCUGAAACAGGCUCUGACGUCGGCUGUCGGCGACGUUCUGGAAAUCAAGGUGGCGGUGAGCGACAACGGGCGGUCCCCUCUCUCCAGCAGCGCCGCCAUUCGCUUUGUUGUCACAGACUCACAGCUCUCGAACGACCGGGUCGUCAUUGUGCCCAGGUCACGUUAUGAGGAAGAUGCGGGCUUGAAUGCCUCCGUCGUGGUUAUCAUUAUGCUCGGGGGGGGCUGCGCUCUGCUUCUGGUUGCCAUCGUGAUUGUGGUCGUCACAUGCAAGCUGAACCGAGGAGGCAAAGGCUUGGACUCCAAGAGAGACGUGACUCACAGCGUGUUUGACUCCAGGCGUCUUCCCGGACUCAACUGUACAGAAGCCAACAUGUACGGCGGCUCCAGGGGCUUCCUGAACGAAGGGAACUCCACAUCUCCCGAGUCGUCCUGCCUGUAUGAGGAGAAGAGUGGAGACCUGGAGUCGCAGAUGUUCCUGCCUCCCAAGCCUUUCCAACCAACAUCAAUGUGGCAAGGGGAAAAAUACUGCCUGCAAAUGAGUGGCAUUGACCAGCAGAGUGUGAAGGACAGUGGCAAAGGAGACAGUGACUUCAAUGACAGUGACUCUGACAUCAGUGGAGACGGAGGCAAGAGAAGCCUGAGCACCUUCCAGCCCUGGGCCAAGAGUUCAUCCCACACAGCUAACGCCGUCGCUGUGGAUUGGCAAGGCCCUUACUGUGUCAUACCAACCCAAGGCUUCCAGCCCUCCAGAGACGGUGCUACACAAUAGGCUUUUCCCCAAGCGGCGGUCUACAACCGUCCCGCAUGCCUACCCGCAGUCCUGGAAAGAGUCCGGCUACAACACUAGCGUUCCCAAAACAAGGAGUCCCAUGCAGACGUUCUCCCACCACACGGGAACACUCCCCUCGUACUUCGCCCAUCAGAGGAGGCAGUGUGCCGCGGGGCUCGCUGAAGUUCAGGAGCACCGGCAGGAUGUUUUGACAGUGGCGACCAUUUCGGAAGUCGCCACUAUUUUCUAAACAGCCUGCAAAGUCAGUGUAAUUGGUUAUUUAUAGAUACGGUAGUAUUUACCAGGUUGUAAGUACUGGUCAGAGAGGAGAGUGUAAAUACUGUACAGCUAGUUUGAAUAUGUAAAUGUCGUGUUUAAAAAAAAAGAAAAGCAGCUAGAUUGCAUAAUAGAAACAGCUAUAUUUUUUUUUUGUAUUAAAAGAGAAUGUACAUAUAGGUAUUUGUUGUUGCAAUGUUUGCA